CCAGACCACCACGGAAAAUGGCGACUGUGAAAUAGAUGGAAGACGAAAGUAAGAAAUUAUUCAAUGCAUCGUAUUAAUUGUGCCCCGUCUCCAUCCGCGCCGCUCGGAGGUAACGUGGGUUUGUUUUUCGUCGUUUCACCGAUAUCCGCGUCGCGAGCAGCGAGUAAUGGCUGUCACCAGCGGUAGUUUAGCCUGAGGAAUAGGUUUUGGUCUGGAACAGAAUGGUCUGCAGCUCCUGCAAGCAGCAUCCAACGAGCCAGCGUGAUACAAACGCCGAGGAAAUGCAACGAGAUCCGCGCGGAACAAAGUGCGAAUAACCCGAUCUGCUCUGAAAGUCAUGGCAGCAGAAAUGUCAUGUCUGACAGGUGUUGAAGAAGAUGACAAAGACGCCGAACCUGAGAUCAAUGCCUUGUCGCUCCUGCAAGAGCCUGUGAGAAUGGCCCAAGAGUCAGCCUCUUCCUCUGAUUCUUUUGGCAAGCUUUCUCUAAAACAAAACAGUGUCCUAGAUGUUCUGUCAAACACAGAUAUGUUGUCUCCAGUUGGCCUUGGAAAUGGACCUUCUUCGCAUCAGGCUACCCAAGCCAAUGAACUCAAUAGCAUUUCCACAGAGAAAGAGGAAGAAAAGAGCAUCACCCCAUUAAAAACUGUCCAGGAAAUUGACUCUGCAGGAAUUUGGGGUUUUGACUCAGACUCACCUGAGAACUCAUUGGAUAAUUUUAGUGGUGCCAGUGACCUUCAUUGGAACCCUCACAAAGAGUUUAUGCAGUUUCUGUGGGAGAACGAUGAUGAUUCUCCGGAUGAGGAGUCGAAGGAUGACGUCCUUCCGACUAACAGCCAAAGGAGAAGGAAGCGGAAAAUGGACAUGGUUGUCAUGGUGGAUCCCUCAGAAGACCUUUACCCUGAUCUGAGCCAAAAGUCAUCUGAGGAAUUGUCUGACGGUGAAGGCCCAGUGGACUCCAGUCAUGUCAGAAAGUCAAGGAACUUCUCUAAAUCACAGUCGUCAGAAACAGGGAGUGUUCCCAAGUAUCCCAAUGGCACUGUAAAGGCCAUCAAGGAAAUUCUUUACAAUGCUCCAGCAAGAAAUUCACAUGAGAACAAUAUAAGUCACAGGCUUUCACCAUUGAAGGGGAGGCUCACAAUAAAUUCUCAUUCAGAGGAGAAGCCAUCAUGUUACACAUGCCCAAAAUGUAAGAUCGUUUUCAAGAAAGAGCAUCAUUUACAUCGUCAUAUGAAGUCUCAUGUUGACCCUCCGAAUAUUUCGCAAAAGCCUUAUAUAUGCCGUGAAUGUGGACAGUCAUUCAGACAAAGUGGUUCACUUAUUGAGCACAUGUCCAUCCACCAGGACAAGAGAGCAAGACUCACCGAAGAGAUCAGAGGCACGAAUUACAAGAAGAAAGAUGAUAAAAAUGUGAAGCUUUUCUGCCCUCAGUGCCCAUUUGUAACAAACUGCCCAAACACGUUUGUUCAACAUGCGAAAACACAUGAGAAAGACAAGAGAAAGUAUCGAUGUGACAAAUGUAGCUUCAGGACUUUCAAUGAGAAUGAUCUUAGGAGACAUACUGUUAUGCAGCACACUGUUGUAACUGUUAGAAAACAGAUCCAGAACCAUGACCCUGAAACAUUUUCCUGUAACAUUUGUUCUUACAGAGCUUUUAGCAAAAAUAUUUUUAAGAACCACCUUCUGCGGCGCCAUCAACAAACCUUUGAGGAAUACAAAGCUACACAGCCUAGUCAAAAAACUGCACAGGAAUACGAAGCUACACAGCCUUGUGAGAAAAAUUCACAGAUCCAGAAUCAUGAAUUUGAAUCAUACUCCUGUAACAUUUGUUCUUACAGAGCUUUUAGCAAAAAUGUAAUGAAGAAUCACCUUCUGCGACGUCAUCAACAAACUUUUGAGGACUAUGAAGCUACACAGUUGAGUCAAAAAAACGGGCAGCCAUCUAAGGAACAGUAUGUUGCUCGUAAAAGUCCUGUAGAAGAUGCAGAAUUCAUGUCUAAAAUCUUAAUCAAAAAUCAGAUCUCCACUAGAAGAGCCUGUUCACCGACUGAGUCCAAUGACAUUUCAGACUUAUUCAAAAAUAGCAAGAUUAAGAGAACUUACAAGUCUCAACUAAUGGAAUCAAAGCUUGACAAGUCCAUUAACGUUCUCCUGUCCAGACAACAACAUGGAAAGAAGUCUGCUGAGCAAAAUGAGGAAACCAAUUGCAGCAACGAUGGCACUGAUCAGUUCCCAGAAACAUUCACUGUCAAGGUUGAAGAUUCAUCUUUAUCCCCAAAUGGACAUAGUGUGCCCUCAAGUGCAGCUGAAAUGGAUCUCAAAAGCAUGAGUGAACUCAAAUUGAAUUUGGAUCAGUCAACUAUGAAAAAGUCACCAUCAAAGCGGAAGAUGUCAACCCCAUAUCGCAACACCUCUGAUCAAGACUCGUGCUUCAUCUUACCAAAACCAUUGCAGAGUCCCAAGAAAAUAAACCAAGAAGAACAAUUUGACGACUUUGACAUUCUCCAGUUUAAGGACCCCAACAUGAACUCUUUUGACGAUGUUGUCAAGGAUGAAAAACAAAACAUAAUUUAUACCUAUAGCAGAAGAAUGUCCAUGAGGGGUGCUCUGCAGGCAUCUAAAAUGUUGUUUGAUAAAAUAAAGACUGAGGAGCAAGAACAAACUGACCCUGAAAUCAAGGAAGAGUGCAUAGAAACAGAAGUAUGUGAAGAAACCUUUGAAUCCCACCAAAUACCACUGAGUGAAUCUUUCUCAGAAGAUUUAUCAGAGUCGGAAUCGGACCAAAAGAACUGUCCAUACUGUCCCGCUGUCUUUGAGUCAGGUGUUGGAUUAUCCAAUCAUGUCAGAGGACAUCUUCAUAGGGUUGGAUUGACCUACAAUGCACGCCAUGUAGUGCCUCCCGAGCAGGUGGCUUCUCAAGAUAGGAGGCCACGAAUUCGCCGGAAGAUCACAGCAUUCCGGAGAUUGAAAAAAGCAUUACAGAUGGAGUCCGAUUCUGGGACUGUGAGGAGUAUUCACUCCUGUCCAUUAUGUGGAGAUUCAUUUGAUAACAGGACUGGGCAGUCCAACCACAUAAGAGGCCACCUCAAAAAGCUUGGUAAAAGCUUUUCAUCAAAGACCAAAUCCCCAUUAAUUUUACUCCGGGAGUUGAUGCGAGACAAGAAGGAAUUCCAGCGGGCACUUCAAAUUUUGGGAAAGAGACGGAUCCAUUACCAAUAUGGUGGUUCACCAAAGCUGUCCAGUGUUGAUCGUUUCACGCCAUCCCCCAUUGGAUUCCCAAAAAGUCCUUCUAUUCCAAGAGUUUGCAAUGAUGCCAAACCACUGAUGUCCACAUUUUCUUUAGCUGAAAUGGAUUCUGAAGAAAGUCAACAAGAGACAAAGUUGGAUGUCAAAAAUUCACUCUCAGGCACAACUGCCUUGAUAGGAAUUCUGAAGAGGAGGAAGUGUCAGGAUGACGCCAGACCAAAGGGGUCCUCUCAGAUGUCCAAAAACACAUUAACGGUUUCUUCAAACAGUGAGCACACUUCAGCUUCACUGCCAAACUCAAUAUGUGAGAAAGGUGAAUUCAACAGGAAGGUGUGUGAGCAUUGCAAUGCAACUUUCCACAGUGGAGUCAGCUUGUCCAAUCACCUACGGGCUUAUGCAAAACGAAAGAGGACUGCCUUACUUGAGGGAAGCGCAUUUGACUGUAAAGUGAGGAGGCAGCGCUCGAGGCCUGGCUCGAAGAAGAAGACACUGCCCUUACCACAAACUCCAGAGGAAAUGUACAGACUCACCUGCAGGUUCUGCGACCUCGUCUUCCAAGGUCCCUUGUCGGUCCAGGAGGACUGGAUUAAACAUUUACAGAGACACAUUAUGAACACUAGUGUCCCUCACACUGGGCUCGGCAUGGUCGAGGUCACCUCGCUGCCCAAGGACUCCCAAGCUCUCGAGAUUGACCAAGACAGCUCUUUGACAGCCACACAUGCUGCCUCAUGAAGCCAAUGGGGAUCCUUUUAGAUUUCACUAGACUGUAUGUGUAUGUGCAUUGGAUGU